AUGAUCUUCAUUUACGCGGCGAGCAUCUGCUUGCUGUCCAGCUACGCCGUGUCCGCCAUUCCGAAGCCGGACGAGAAGCGCGUCCUGGACCACGAUCCACUCAGCCACGCGCAGCACUAUCAGAACGACGAGCACAACAAGCAGUACGACCACGAGGCGUUCCUGGGGGAGGACGCCAAAACGUUCGAUCAGCUAGAGGCGGAGGAAAGCAGACGUCGCUUGGGACUCAUCGUAGAUAAAAUAGAUGGCGACAAAGACGGGUUCGUUAAUCUGUCCGAGCUCAAGUCGUGGAUUCAGUACACGCAGCGGCGCUACAUCGACGAUGACGUCAACCGGCAGUGGAAAACGCACAACCCAAACAACACGGAGAAGGUGCACUGGGACGUGUACCGGCAGAACGUGUACGGCUUUCUGGACGAGCUGGCGUCGCGCGAAGGCGACGGCCAUCCGGCCGACGAGCACUUCUCGUAUCGCGCGAUGAUGAAGCGCGAUCGGCGCCGCUGGAGCAUCGCGGACCGGGACGGUGACGAUCAGCUGACGCGGGAGGAGUUUACCGAUUUUCUGCACCCGGAGGAGAGCGAACAGAU